AUGCAAUUUUUAAUCAGAUCCACUGCACCCAAAUUACCUAUCAAUCUAGAAUGUGUACUUAGAGAAAAUAAAUAAAUCAUUGAACUUAAAAUCACCACUAUUCAUCCUGGCCCUAUUAAUCAAUAACACAUUGAUAUAUUCUUAAAUGAUGUUGAAAUGACAGAAAAGGAUCAUAAACGUUUUAACUCUCUAGAACCUAUUGUUAAAUAUUCUAUUGCUCAUUAAUAUAUGACUAUCACUGGUUAAUUACUCAAUCUUAAUCUUGAAAAAACAUAAGAACUCUUAAAAUCAAAUAAUCUAUUCGAUUUAGCAUGUGCUUAUUAUUGGAUUAUGGUUUCAGGACCGCAAGAAACCUGUGAAUUAAUCUUUGAUUCCAAUAUAGAUUUAUAAGGAAUGUCUCUUAUUAUGUAUUUAAAUUGUCUUAAUCAAUCUUAAUAAACAUGUUCUAUUGAUCUUAUUGAUAAACAUUUAAAACAAAAUGAUGAUCCAGAAAUCAUUUAUUUAAUGCUCAGAUUACUUAAAAAACAUUGCAAUUCAAAUAGACAACUAGUUGAAAAAGUCAUCUUAACUAAUCUUGAUAAAUUAGAAUCCUCUCUCUAAGCCAAAUAUUGUUUCUCAGAAUUUAUUAAUGAAUACUAUGAAAAUUUUGAAGUUACAUCCUCUUUUCGAGAUUUAUUAAUAGCAAACAAAUUAGAAUAAUAUCUACAAAAUCCAAGCAUAAUCUUUCCUUAUCAAAAUUAAGAAGAAUAACAAUAUCCAUUAAUCUCAAAAAGAGAAUCUAAAUAUAUUUAUAAACUAGAUAAUUGUGACAUGCAAUAAGAAAUAGAACUAUUAAAAUAAAAUGUAGGCUUCAUUAUUGAAGAUGAAUUUAUGGUUUAAAAUGAAAUCGAAAAAUAAGAUGGAGUCAAUAUAUUUGAACUUAAAUAAGAAAUUAACAUAUUAAAAAGAAAAUUAGCUGAAUCUGAAAAAUUAAAUUUAUAAUAUGAAUAAAAAAUCAGUAAAUUAGAAGAAGAUAAAGAAUUCUUAUUAUCAGAAUUAGAAGAAUCAAAAAGAUAGAUCAAUUUUAAUUCAUUUCAUUCGAUCGAAAAAGAUAAAUAAUAAUAAUAAUAAUAAUUAAAAUAAACUAAAUAAUAAAUAUUUCUUACUAAUAAAUAAGAUUUAUUAAAAGCUACAAAAACAACUAGUUUAAAAGCUUCUGUAAAUUUUGCAAAUAUUCAAUAAAAUAAAUAAUAAUUACCUUAAAUUUAAUAAUAAAUAGAGAAUAGCGAAAUUAAUCAUAAAAAUGAUUAAAUAGAAAAUUUUGAUAAAAAGAUUGAAGAAGUAACAUCAGAAAAAUGUUUGAAUUCAGAGAAGUCAAUAGAAAGUCCAAAAACUCCAUUAGAAUCUAUAACACCUCACUAAUGUAGUUAAGCAAGUGUAUUUGGAAAUUCAUUUAUUCCUCCUUCUUCUCCACCACCACCACCACUUCCUUUAGAUAAAAAAGGAGUACCUCCUCCUCCACCACCAAUAUUUGGUAAACCAGGUUUUCCUCCUCCACCACCUCCACCACCUGGUAGCAUAAAAAGCUAAAAGGAAUUAAAACCAAAAUUUGAUAUAAUACCUAUUGAAAUUACAAUGAAGAAAUGUCAAACUUGGAAUCCAAUUCCAAAUAAUAAAGUAGAAGGAUCAAUUUGGGAAUAAUUUAAUUAUGAUGAUAUGAAAUUUGAAAUUGGUGAAUUUAUAGAUAUUUUUGCUGCCAAAUCUAUUAUUGAUCAAUCUAUAAUGUAAUCAGGUGGUAUUUUUUAAUCUAUGUAUAUAAAAAAAGAGCCAAUAACUAAAUUAUCAAAAGGCAGUGGUCCAAAAGACCCUAAUAGAGCUUAAGCUAUAUAAAUGGCAUUGAAGAGAGUCAAGUAUCCAGUAGAGGAAAUACUUGAAGCUAUAAGAAUAGUUGAUGAAGAAAAAUUAACUGAAGAUAAGGUUACAUUAUUGAUAGAUUGUUUACCAAAAGAAAAUGAGAAGAAUUUAUGGAAGGAAGAAAAAUAAUGGGAUUUUUAAGAAUUUUAAUAGAGAAUAGGAGAUUAUAGUGAUGCUGAUAAAUUUUGUAUGUUUGUUAUGGAAAUAAAAUGUUAUGAAGAAAGAUUGAUUAGUUUAAAUGCAAAAUAUGAAUCAUUAAAGAAUUAAGUAGUUAUAGAGGAAUUAUUAUUAAUGUUUGAUGCUGUUUUUGAUUAAAUAAAAAAUGAUUAAGAAUUAUUUACAUUGAUAAGAUAUUUAUUUUAUUAUGGAUCAAUAUUAAAUGGAAAUAAUUAGUUUUAUGGAUUAAGAUUUGAUAGUAUUCCUAAAGUAACAUGUUAUUCAGACAAAUAAAAAUAAUUUGAUAUUUGGAUGUAUGUAAUAAAGAAAAUUGAAGAAUCAGGAUUUAUAAUAGAUUUGGAUGCAGAUUUAUCUAAAUUAGAUACAUUAUCUUAGGAGACUAGAAGAAUGGAUAAUUUAUUUGUAUUUUUAAAACAAUUUGAAUAAAACAAAUAAUAAAUAAUAAUGGCUAGAGACAGUGAUUAAGGAGGUGACGAUAAAGCAAAAUAAGUUUUUGGUUAAUUAUAUGAUGAGAUUGAAUUAUUUGUGAUAGUUCAGAAAGCAAAUUUAAAGAAUUUAGAGAGUAAAUAUAAAGAAUUAUGUAAAAUGUUUGGAGAAUCUCCUUCAAAGCCAAGUGAUUAAUUUAUUAAGACAAUAUAUGAUAUAAAAAGAAAAGUAAGAGAGAGGAAACGAAUUCUUUUAGAAUAAGAAAACUAAAAGAAAAGAAGAUAAGCAUUAGAUGAAAAAAGAAAGACAAUAAUAAAAAAAUGAU